AUGCCUUCCGACGAUGACACACCACGUCUGCCGAAAGCAUCAAUAUUCAUGGGAAACAACCCCGCAGCAACAAUUCGUGUUCCAAAUUUCAACCAAGACAGACCAGGUCUCUGGUUCGCGCAGUUGGAAUCACAGUUCCGGAAUCAUAACGUCACACACGAGGUGGACAAAUUCCAUCAUACGAUUCCACUGAUUGACACGCGCAUAGCAGCUGACGCUGAAGACAUCAUUCUCAAUCCACCAGCCGAUAAGCCAUAUCAACGAUUGAAAGCCGCACUAAUCGCGUGUUAUUCGAAAUCCAGAGAAGCAAAACUCCUCCAACUACUGGAUGGUGAGUAUCUUGGCGACAAAACGCCAUCUCAACACCUUCGAUACCUCCGAAGUUUAGUGCCAGACAUAGAUGAGGAGAUAAUACGUGUAAGGUGGCUCUCACACCUGCCCGACCAAAUGCGCACGUGUUUGGUUACGCAACACACGGCCGAGCUACAGGACUUAAGCGAAGCCGCAGAUCGCCUACACGAAGUACUCAAACCUUCUCAAGGGACUCACAUGGCUGCAACAUCACUUGCAAACAAUCACGGCUCCGAUUCUACAGAUGUGGAACAACAACUCGCUCACAUUACAAAAUGUCUUCAGAAGCUUCUGGACAACCAACAAACUACUGGGCGAAAACGCUUUCGCUCACAAAACAGCAACAGAAGAAGAUCAAUUCCUCCUGCUAAUUCAACCAACAACACAUGUUGGUACCACAAAACGUUUGGCAACCUCGCUCAAAAAUGCACACCAGGUUGCAAACAAGCGGGAAACGCACCAGAGAGACGUUAG